GUUAGCUAUUGAAUCCAGAGUGUUUGAGAAAAGACAGCGCCAUGGCAGCCACUCUCUGUCAGGUAAUGGGCCUCCUCCUGAGUUUUUUAGGGUUGGCGGGAAUAAUUGCAGCGACGGGGAUGGACCAGUGGUCGACAGAAGACCUCUUUGACAACCCUGUGACGGCCGUAUUCUCGUAUGUGGGCCUGUGGAGGUCAUGUGUCCGGCAGAGCUCUGGCUUCACGGAGUGCCGACCAUAUUUCACCAUUCUGGGACUGCCAGUUCUGCUCCAAGCCGUCCGGGCCUUGAUGAUUGUUGGUAUUGUUCUCGGAGCCAUCGGCUGCCUGAUUGGAAUAUUUGCUCUGAAGUGCUUGAAAAUGGGGAACAUGGAGGACAACAUCAAAGCCACAAUGACUCUGACAGCUGGGGUCAUGUUUAUUCUUGCAGGUGUCUGUGGCAUUGCUGGGGUGUCGACCUUUGCUAACAUGAUAGUGCAAGAUUUUCGGUUCACAACAUUUACCGAUGGUGGGUUCAGCAUGUUUGGAGGAGGAGGGGGCAUGGGUGGACUCACAGGAACUCUCACUCCAAGGUACACUUUUGGCCCCGCUCUUUUCGUUGGCUGGAUUGGCGGAGCGAUCUUGUUCAUUGGAGGCAUCCUGAUGUGUAUGGCCUGCCGUGGAAUGACUGACGACAGACAACAACGGUACGACGGGAUGGCCUACAAAGUUGGCUCUCAGCACACUGUCUACAAGACUGACACCAGACCCCGUACCACCUACAAUGACUCCUACAAAGCCCAGAGUAUGGAGGGAAGGCAGUCGAACCAGAGAUUUGACUAUGUGUAGAAUAAUUUCACUCCUACAAAUAUCUCUCUUUUAUACUCUGCUGCACUGUGAUGAAGUGAUGAGUUUUUCACUUGUUUUUGGCCUACAUUUAUGGGAAGAGUGGUGGUUUUUCUCUCUACUUUAAUUUCGCAGAACUGCUAAACAUUUAUGGUAUUUUGUUUUUAUAAUUUUUUAAUAACAUCACAUAAUCCUUAUUUUCAAAUGCUGUUUUGUAAUUCUUACUGUGUCAGUUUCUGCGUCAAAUAAAGACGUGGGAUUCUAAUUUUGUCCAGUUUAAAUUUUAUCACCACAACAUGUAAUAAGAUGAUAAAGUAGAGAUGACAGAUGAAUUAGAAACCUGGAGGCAGUUCCACUAGCUGUUUACACUGAACGUUCCUAGUUAUAACAUAGGUGUUAACUAAGGAGGAGAGAGAUUUGUGGAGAUUUAUACACCACUAAAUUAAAAAGGGACCUGCCCGGUCGCAAUACAAAAAACAUUUCUCAUCUAGUUAUUAGUUGUUACUAAAUAUUAAAAACCAGGUGUAUCUGUUGUGUAGCUAAUUUAACCAACAACAAAAGUAACUUUAGUUUGCUAAUUCAUGACUUGUUUAAACUGGAGAGGAAAAGAGGUAAUAUGGUCAACAUAUUACCUGACGCUUGAUCACAAUGCUGUCCAAUAAUGAUGUAAACUUUAAUGAAAUUACACAAAAUGUAACCCAGUGUAGCUCAAAUCACAAAACAUGUUAGUCUAAAUUUCAAAAUAAUGUUGGUUAGGUUAGCUUAAUCAGUUUCAAGCAUAUUUCUCUUUGUGUUUUCACCUGUACUGUAUGUAUAUAUAUAUAUAUAAAAAAGUCACACCUAUAUCAACAAAGAUUGACUGGUAAUUUUAAUGUGCGCUUGGGCCCCUAAAACUGGUAUUUUUAUCAGUUCUGAUACAGCUUGCAAUGUUUCAGUUAUUCUUUACAUGGAUUAUUGUUUUUGACUGGACAGCAAGACAGAGUACUUGAUUUACACAUGAAUAUAGUCUUUAAUAACUAAAACAGUUUUUUGUUUGUUUGAAUGGUGCAACCUAAUUUACUAAAGUUUGAAUCUCGCUAUUUGUUCCUAAGAACUUUUGGAAGGACUUAACACACUAAAUUAGUAAUGUAUUUAUGAAUUUAUGAGCACCUGCAACCCAAUCCUGAUUUCUGCCUUCAUAAUGAGAAUAUGUAAUGUGUAUUAUGUCAUAUGUUGUUAUAGGUGGGAUUACAUAUGUAAAGAGUUACACCUCUAAAAGAAACUUUGGAAAGACAGACAUGCACUGUAUGUUUCAGAAUGUAAUUUUUGUUUAGUAAAAUGGAAACGUUUCCAAAUAAAAUCAUAUCCACUGUU